AGGACUCACACUUUCAACUUAUUCAGCUAGUUUCGAGAUGAAAACUUUAUUUGAAAUUAUUGAUAAUCCUGAUUCAUCUAGCCCAUUGUGGAAACAAUGGAAAAAUUUAGUGGACACCGAAGGAUGGACAUCAGAUGACAAUUCGGUCACCGAAAUGGUUCCAUCUCUUCCGACCACGCGAAGUGUUUUUGCAGUUACUAAAACGCCAGAGCGGAGCAUGGUUGGAAGUGUUGUUUGGAACGAGUAUGAUGAUAUUUGUUGGUUAGGCUUUUACCUUUUGGCUCCAGAGUAUCGUGGAAAGGGCAUCGGGUCGAUGAUCUGGGCUCAAGCAAUGUCUCGUAUUAGGAAAGACUUGGUUCUUGGCUUAAGAGGAGUCGUCAAAAUGGCUCCAAAAUACAAAUCCCGAGAUACUCCUGUGGAUGGAGCGUUGCUUGAAAAUUACCGUUUAACUUCAAAUGACUUUUAUUCUGCUAUGAAAAAUUUUCAAGAUUUGGGGCUUAUUCAAAAACGCGUGAGAGACUUAUCUGAAACAGAUUGGGAGAAGUUUUUGAAGUACGAUAAAAGUGUGAAUAGUAGAGAUCGUCGAGAGUAUUUGGAGAUUUAUUACAAGAAACUUGAUUACACUAUUGGAAUUGCAUUUUUCAAUGAAUCUGGAGACAUAGAUGGUGUUAUUUCUGCGGUUCCUACUGGUCAUCAAGAAGAUAACAAUUUCAAAAUUUGCCACCUUUACGCAAAUUCAUCAAACAUAGCAUUUUACACAAUGAAAGUCCUUUCCGAAGUUAUGCUCAAAACAUAUCCUGAAGCUACUCUCAUUUUCCAUCUUGUUGAUACUCCUGAAGGAUCCUUCACAGUUCUUCAUAAAUUUUUCAAAAGCCUCAAUUUGAAUGCAGGUGUCAGUGGAUUAACACUAUACAGUGAUGUGUAUCAGCCCAAAGGAGAUCUUGAGAAAGUUUACAUUCCAUUUAAUAGCUCCUGUCAUUUUGAUUACUGAUAUUUAGAAUAUUUCAAAUUUGAUGAUAAUCAACUUUUUUUUUCCUUUAAGUUGACAUUUAUAUUCAAUAAAAUAGCUUUCCAAUUUAUUACA